CCAAGAUUCUGGCAUUGCAGCGCAAAGGGGAGCGCAUACAAGCCAGGGGUCACUGCUUAAGGAGGUGCUGAAGAACUUCACCAUUGAGAAACUAAGUGUCUCAAGAUGCUCAGCCUGCUGCCCGAGUCUUGGCUGCAAUUUAUAAGCGGACUCAGCUUGCCACAAAACCAAAGUCAAUGGACAUUGGAGUGGAUUCGCACCAAGAUUCUGGAAGAAGAUUUUCGUCGCUACACACUGCGCGGAGGUGAUGACAGCACCAGCGGCUAUGCCAUGCAAGGGACAUGGAGGGAUCGAGGGCUGAAGGUCGCUGGAGUUGGUCGAGCUGCAUUCAGAGCACCUGAUGGUGGACUGGUUGUGCUGAAGGAUGUGUUACUCGUACCGGGGCUGAAGGCCAAUCUGAUAUCGCUGCGCAAGCUAGGCCAGGCCGGAGUCAGCACCACCACCAAUGGAUCCAAAACAUUCAAGGGGCUGCGAGGAGAUCCAUGAGGAUUCAUCAUCAGUAGGUGGAUACAUCUGCAUGGUGGGAGGUGGGCCUGUAAGUUGGAGGUCCAAGAAGCA